UCUACAAAACAUUCCCAGCUGCAUCAGACAGAGUCAGAGACCUUGCUAUCAUCAAGAGUUCCAAACAAGCCCGGAUCUCAGUUCUAGGCAACAUUUGGAAUUGACUCCUUUUACCCUCAGCCUCCUUGCUACCUUUAUAGUUAUCGAGGCUUCAUCCCAGGGGUUUUCCUUCCUUGAAGAGACUUUGGUCACACAGUGCCUUUUGAAUCACCAUGCAGGCUAUCCUGGGACUCCUUCUCUUUUCUGUGCUUCUCACAAGAGCUAGCUCUUUGGAAUGCGAAAGUUGCACAUCUACUUCUCAAGAUUGUUCCGGCAAGAGAAUCACUUGUCCUUCUGGCGCAGAUGGCUGUAUGAAGAUAGUGACUGGAACCGGAGGAGUGUCAAUCACUAUGAAGGCAUGCACUAGGAUGGCUGACUGUCAGAAUCUUCAGGUAGGAAAGGCUGACCCAACCUCUGGAUCUCUUGUUAAAGAGAUUGUAUGCAGCAAGGCCACUCCAUCUUCUGGAUCCCUCCUCCUGGCGCUCUCUGGGCUCCUGCUGAAGAAGAUCCUCCUGUAAUGACACACCUGUGGCAAUUCAGCAUGGAAUAAUGCUUCCUCCUCAUUAUUUGCACGUAUGCAAUCUUCUCUGGAGCUGCUCAGUUGGUGCUUGGGCCUUCUCUAUGUUUUGCUGAACAGAAAUGAAUUAAAAACCAGUGAGGAAAAAAGA